AUGUCUGGGAUUAAAUUUGGAGUUUUGGGUGCUGGAGUAGUGGGUAUGACGACAUGUUUGGAACUUCAAUCUCAAUAUCCGAAUUCUGAUAUUUAUUUAAUCGCUGAUAAAUUUAACGAAGAGACUACGAGCGAUGGAGCAGCUGGAAUAUUUAGACCCGGUACAAGUUUUUCAAUUUAUCCAGAAGAAUAUACAAAGUUUGUAAUCGAAGAAUCUUAUUGUUAUUAUGAUGAAAUUAGGAAAAAAAUUAAUCCUUUCGUGAGUGGAGUGUCCGAAAUUUCCGGUUACAUAUUUUCCAGUAAUAAUUCAUCAUUGGUUAAAAAUGAUUUAAUUGAUAAAAUUGUACCUGUUUAUCGUUCAGCAAAUGAUGACGAAUUAUCCAUUUGUCCAGGAAAAUGGUUGUACGGAUCUUAUUUUGUUACUUUAUUAACAGAAUGUAGAAAAUUUUUACCCUGGACAUUACUAAGAUUUAAAGAAAAUGGAGGAAGAGUUAUAAUGAAAAAAAUUAAUUCGAUUAAUGAUUUGGGAGAAUAUAAAUUUGAUUUAAUUUUUAAUUGCUCAGGAUUUGGCGCAAAAUAUAUUUUUAACGAUAGAAAAUUAGUACCGAUAAGAGGACAAGUUAUAAAGGUAAAGGCUCCUUGGUUAAAAAAUUUUUUCUAUGCUGAUUAUGAUACCUACGUCAUACCAGGUUUGGAAAAUGUCACUUUGGGUGGUUGUAGACACUACGACAGCUAUGAUUUAAAUAUAAAUCCUUACGAUUCUGCAGCCAUUUGGAAUAGAUGUGUACAAUUGGUACCCGGUCUUAAAAAUGUUAAAAUUGAAAAAGAAUGGGUCGGUUUAAGACCACAUAGAGAUCCUGUUAGAAUUCAAAUCGAAUCCGUUAAAUUAAAUGAUAAAUACCUCAAGUGCGUUCACAAUUACGGCCAUGGAGGUUAUGGUGUGACAACAGCUCCAGGUUCGGCUAAACUUGCCGUUAAACUCGCAACUGAUUAUUUUAAAAAAAACAGUAAAAUGUGA